AUGAUAGACAGCAUGGGGAGGGGCUGGGAGAGGAGGGAGCCCUGGGGACAGAGGGAGGGUCCUGGCUGGACUCUGAGACACGGCGGCCUUCCUGUGGUUUCAGACUGGAGGCCUCGGCAGGGACGUCACAGCUGCAAGGGCCGUUUGGGGGCCAGAAGGAAUCCCUACCAGCAGAAACCCAAGGGGGUAACUGCCCCUAAAACAAAUGGGAAGGAAGGAAGGAAAGACCUAAACAUCCUGAAACAGCAGAAAGGGAACCGCCAGGUGGCGUUUGCCAAGCAGUCCCGAAGGCAAAGCACCAAGAAAGACGGGGACCCCACCGUGCACGGAAAGAUCUACGGCAGCGUGGACCCAAAGGGAAAACGCCUUAGCUUAAUUCCCAGCAGCUACACCAGGGAUGGCCCCAGGAAAUCCGACCUCGACAUCAAGGAUGCAAUCGCCCUGGAGUCCAUUCAGCGGUCCCUGCCAUACCACCGCCAGAGCGUCCUGGACCCCCUGCUGCAGGAAACCCCGGUCUUCGGUCGGAGGUCGACCCUCCUGAGGGACUUGGUACUAGGCAGGUCCACCGAGAUCUCCUACGAGCGCAAGCUGAAGAGCCUCAUGGAGAAGGGCGCCGAGCCCAAGGUGGAACUGGUGAGGAUGCUGAAGCCAGAGGAGGUGCUGAGCUGCCGAUACCUGAGGCUGUCCAAGAACAACAUUCGGACCUUGCUGAAGCUAUGCAAGGACGCGGGCAUGAACGUGGACAUCCACCCCCACAUGGUCGAAGGAGAGAUAGAUGCGAAAAAGGUGUUCAACCAAAACCCCAGCGUGGCCCUCUAG